UUUAGACAAAAUGUUGUCUCGCCUAAAAGUAAUAUAUAGUGCGAAAAAAAUCCAACCUAUAUUAAAUAACAAUAUAGUUAGAACUUCAAUAUCAAAUAAACAUGGAGUAGUGUAUCAGGAGCCCCACCGAACUUCUUUGGGAAUACUUAAAGUUUUGGUAACAGUUAUAUCAGGAUUGCUGGUUGGAGCUGCGAUUAGUAAAAAUAUUGCCAAUUUCUUAGAAGAAAAUGAUCUGUUUGUACCAUCUGAUGACGACGAUGAUGAUGACUAGUGACUAGCCUUUAUUCCUUGGAAAUAAGAGCAAAUUUUAAAUGUACAGUACCUUGUUUUGACUAUUAAUUAUUUAUAUAUGCUUAUUUUAUUUUUAUUGUUAUGAUCCAGUUGAUUCAGUUGAAAUAAAACCUAAUUAAUUGAAUCUGGAUUAUUUAUUUAUUCCAAGCAGUAUUUAUUUCAUUCUGAAAGUAAAUGUCCAAACUGUUUCUCACUUUCACUUUUCUUUAUUCAAUUUGUUCUUCUUCAGUAAAAUUCUGCUGAACAGUUAUAAUUAUUUCUGUAGUUUACACCAGAGCAAGCCUGACAAUAUUUACACAUAUUACAUAUAAUUUUCUUAUUCAAUUAUUUUUUGGACAUUUCAGUAUCACAUUUAGCACAAACAAAAUAUAUAAAGUCAAAUGCAUAGACAUAGAAAGAAUAGUUGAAUGCUUUAAAAUUUAAAUUAUGAAAACCCAUACAUUUCUGUUAUCCUGCAACAGUGAUAUAUUAUGGGAUGAAACAGAGUGGAACAAGCAGACUUUAAAAUUUUAAAUAUAU